AAACCAUAAUUAAGCAGCUUUUGAGAAACCACAUUACAACCACAAAUACUGAUAAGACAAUUACUGAUAAGUCAAACGCGCUAAUCGGUGCUUAAAAGAUCGCUCAACUUGUUUCGGGUUAGGAAAUUUUGUGAAAAAAUAACACUUUGGAAUUAUUUAUCUAAUUAAUUAAUAUAAAGACAUUUAAGCAUCAAGAUGAGUAACAUUGAGAAGGCAUUUGUUCGUGGAUUCAUUAAGUUCUUAAAUAAACAAAUAACGGAGAAGAAUUCAGAAGCAGGCGAAUCAUUGGAAGUUGCUGUACAAUGUCUAGAGUCAUGCUUUGAAUUGAAUCAAAAUGAUGAUGCAUCAAAUCCACUGAAUAAUGUGGACUUAUUUGAAUUAUUCGUAAAUGCAUAUGUCAGUACUAAUCCGGAGAGUAAGCAAGAAGCAGAAAACUUAAAAAAUGAAGGAAAUCGAUUGAUGAAAGAAGAGAAAUAUAAUGAAGCUCUUGUGUCCUAUGGACGUGCUAUUGCACUUGAUGCAAGCAAUCCAAUUUAUUAUUGUAAUCGUGCUGCUGCUUAUAGUCGUUUAGGUGAUUAUCAAAAGGCUGUUGAUGACUGCAAUCAAGCUCUUAGAUAUGACCCAAAUUAUGGAAAGGCUUACGGACGUCUUGGAUUAGCUUAUUCCAAAAUGAAUCGUCAUCAAGAAGCUAUUGAUGCCUAUAAGAAUGCAUUAAGAGUUGAGCCUGACAAUCAGGACUAUAAGAAUAACAUGGAAGUGACUCAGCAACGUUUAGAGGAACAACAGACGAGUGGACCGGGACCUGCUGGUUUGGCUGCUGGUUUGCCAGGCGGAUUCCCAGGAAUGGGAAAUAUUGAUUUUGCUGCUGCUCUUAAUAAUCCAGCAUUAGUUAACAUGGCUACACGAAUGAUGGGUGAUCCUUCAAUUCAGAACAUGCUAGGUCAAUUAAGCGGUAUGAAUAAUGUUGAUGCUUUGCUUGAAACUGGACGACAACUAGCUAUGCAAAUGAGUAGCGAAAAUCCAGAAUUGUUUGCUCAAAUUCGUCGUCAAAUGGAAGAGCAAGGAGGAAUGGAAGGCGGUAGCGCUGAAACUGAGCCUAAUCCAAAUCCAGAGAAUGAGAAAAAGCCUUAAUUUUUUUUGGUGAAAAAAUUGUGUAACUUUUUUAAAUUAGAUUCUUGUUCCCUUCUUUCUAUACAAUUAAAAUAUUGAAUUCUGUAUGAGUGCAAGCAUUAUUCGCAUAUUAUGUUCACAUUAUUGAUAAAUAAAGGACAAGUACAUUUAUUCUAACAA